GAAAUCCAUGUAGAUGACUUAGAUGAGCAGCGGCACCACCGGCGAAAGUUAUCCAUGACGAGAGUCGUAGUCAGAUUCAGAUGUGAGGGAAACGCAACACACGUGGCGGCAGAACGUCUGAGCCUUAAAAAACUACCACCCACACCCACCACCACUCUCCACCUCCCAACCUUCAACAUUCCUCUUUCCCUAAACCCCAAUUUUUUGCUGGAAUCGGUGGGCACCAGGAAUAAGUUUCUAUUCCCGAAAUGGAUAAUCCAACCCGGAAUAGGAAUAAUCUCGGGCGCCAUUCCAUGCCCAAGAACGUAAUAAAGCAAUAGAUGUCUCCUCCAGCUGCUUCCACCACUUGUCAUCGCACAUUCACAACUACUGCUACUCCUCCUCUCCCAGAAUCCGAUUCGUUCUUUCACCCACCACCACUCCCCAUAUGUCUAUUUAAAUCCACCAUGCGAAUUCCCAAGAAACCCGUUUCCUUUUGCCUCUCUUUCUUUUCUUCUCAGCUUUCCCACCCUUUCUCCCCCCGGAUUACAUUUCUCACACCUUCUUCUCUCCUUUUUUCCCCAAAAGGAAAGGCUACCACUCCCGGAGCAGGUUCUAGUCAGCUUCACACCAAUUGCACAAUGGGAGGGAACCACAAGAGUGUGGAUGAUGUAACGUUGCAGUUUCAACAUACAGUUUGCAGUAAUGAUGGGCAAGGCCCCUUUAUUUGGUCUUCUCCGGAAGGGGGUUGUCAAAUUGAUAUAGGGAAAAAAAUCUUCUGCAACAGAUCUUUAAAUAUGAAGAAUAUUGUUGCUGUUGGGUUUGAUAUGGAUUACACUUUGGCUCAAUAUAUGCCUGAAACUUUUGAAUCCCUUGCUUAUGAAGGCACAAUCAGAAAGCUAGUGUACGAUUUGGGAUACCCUUGUGAGUUGCUGGAAUGGACCUUUGAUUGGAAGUACAUGGUCAGAGGCUUGGUUCUUGAUAAAAAGAGAGGCAACAUUUUGAAGAUGGAUAGACACAAAUAUGUUAAGGUAGCCUAUCAUGGAUUUAGAGAGAUGUCAAAGGAAGAUAAAGUUGGGACGUACGGAAAUACUUUGAUACGAGAUUCUUUUGAUGAGCCUGACUAUGCACUUAUUGACACCCUUUUUUCGCUAGCAGAAGCGUACUUGUUUGCCCAACUCGUUGACUUCAGGGAUAAGUAUCCUUCAAAAGUUCCAGAUGGUGCCGACUACUCUCGUAUGUAUAAGGAUGUUCGAGCUGCAGUUGACUUGUGCCAUCGUGAUGGGACUUUGAAGAAAAUGGUUGCAAAAGAUCCUAAAAAGUAUAUUAAUGAUGAUGCCUCAAUAGUGCCCAUGAUGAAGAUGCUUAGAGAUUCUGGCCGUUCAACAUUCUUAGUGACAAAUAGUUUAUGGGACUAUACAAAUAUCGUGAUGAAUUUCCUUUGUGGCCCCCGGAUGUUGGAUGGUAGCGCCCCUUCCAAUUUUGACUGGCUUCAGUACUUUGAUGUUGUCAUUACUGGCAGUGCAAAACCAAGUUUUUUCCAUGAUGACAAUCGCGCCAAUCUUUUUGAGGUUGAACCUGAGUCGGGAAUGCUACUUAACACUGAUAAUGGCACUCCUAUGCCACAGGUGGGAAACACUUCACCAAGAUUCCCAUUGAAGGGGCUGAAAAAGACAUGUAGAGUCUUCCAGGGAGGCAGUGUUGGUCAUUUGCACAAACUACUUUCAAUUGAGUCAAGUUCACAGGUUCUUUAUGUUGGGGAUCAUAUCUAUGGGGAUAUAUUGCGCAGCAAAAAAGUUCUGGGCUGGAGAACAAUGCUGGUUGUUCCGGAGCUCGAGAGAGAGGUUGAACUCCUCUGGGAAUUGAGGGAUACCAGAAAGCAACUUCGAUUGUUAAGGAAUGAGCGAGAUCUCAUUGAAGACAAAAUACAUCAUUUGAAGUGGUCUCUCAAGUUUGAUGGUGUCCAUCUUGAUGAGAAGCCAAUAUUAGCUACUGAACUAAGCAAAUUGGAGUCUCAGAGGGAGAAAGUUCGCCUCUGUCAUCAACAGGCUCAACGGGAAUGUCAUCAAAAGUUUCACAAGGUCUGGGGACAACUCAUGAAGACUGGCUAUCAGAACUCUCGCUUUGCACAUCAGGUGGAGAGAUUUGCGUGUCUCUACACUAGCCAAGUGACCAACCUCAGCCUCUACUCUCCAGACAAAUACUACAGACCCAGUGAGGAUUUCAUGCCCCAUGAAUUUGAUAUCCUCUCCAUCUGAAGCUCUUUUGCUCUGACAAUGGGAGGCCCUCGACAUCUUCAGGAAAGAGCCAUUCAUUUUUGGCUUUUGGAAGCAUGGACACAGCUUUUAGCAUUUUACCCAACAUCUUUUCCUUGUUUUCCCCUUUUUCUUAAUAGAAAUUAUUCCUAAUUUGCUCAAAAUGUAUAUUGUGAUGCAAUGGAAGCAUACUGCAUCACAUUGUACCAAGAUAUUGGGUGCUGCUUUUAAUUAAAUAUUGAGCUAAUUAGUUUUAGCAUUCAAGAAAAUCUCUCGUUUGUGCUCAGUGGUGUAGUCCUUCACAGGCCUAUUAUAAUUCUCUAUUUCUAUUGGGCGGUAGGCUAUAUACACCAGUGGGCCUCAAUCGAAGUUAGCCCCAGAAGUGACUAUUGUAAUUUUGUUUAGGACUCAAUGAGCUCAGCUAAGUCUCAUGGAGUUGCUGAGGGGAUCUUGGAGUUGGUGAAUAUUUAUGGUUUUGCGAUUAUAAAAAGGUAUGUGGUGAAAUAAAUGAGCUUGGAUUUAUGAUUUU